UGACUGUGGGGCGGGCCAUCUUUGGAGUUUGGGCUCUCUUAUUGACUCGCUUUUUCUGUCGCGCGUCUCACCUCCGAGCCAAUUAUCUUGGUUACUAGUAUAUAUGGGAAUGGGUUAGCUGCCAUAGAUGCUUCUUUAUUGCUAAAACAAUCCAUGGACGAGGAGUUGUUUUCUGCGUUUACCCGGGCAAUGAACGAGUCAGCCCUCUCCCAGAAGCGCCCCAGUGAAACCUGCUCUCAUGGUGAUGAAGAUGAUUGGAGUUCGACCUUUCAGCAGCAACAAAUGGAAUUAUUGCCUUUUUCGAACCCCUUCUGGCCUCCAAGCAAUAAUCAACCUGAAAAUAUCCUAAUCCAGACUAGUGUAAGCACUUCCCAAGCAUCUCAAGCUACAAACAAUUCCAACGCUUCUCUUUUGAAACGAAACUAUUCAAAAUUAUCUGAACCAGAGAGAGAUAGGAAAAGAAAAACUGACAAGAAAUAUCGGGAAAGAUGUAAGAAAGUCAAAGUGGAAAUGGUAUCGAAUUUGGAGAUGCUUAUGGAAGAAAAUAAUUCUUUGAAGAAGGAGAAUGGAUCUUUAAAAGCGGAUAAUGCAAUGAUGAAUCAAACUUUGGGAGAUCAAGCAAAAGAGAUUGACCAGUUGAGGAAUAAUCUUUCUCAGCUGAAGAGUGAGUAUGGGAAACAAAACGUUCUUGUGCAAACACUUUCAGGGCUUUUGGCCGAUCCACUGCGUAUCGAAAAUGAGAAGCUAAAAGAUGAAAACGCUUCACUGAGGAAGAAUGCCAAUCUUAAUAAUAACUUAUCACAGCUUGAGGAUGAGAAUGCAAGACUGAGAAUUGAAAAUAAAGUCCUCAAGGUGCAGAAUGAUGCUUUAUGUGGGAAGAUAAUAAGUGACAAGGAUAAGAAGUGUGAACAAGAACAGGAAGUUAAAGUAUCAUUGGGAGCUGUGCCCCUGAUGCAGUAAGAUUUCUUAGUUAAAUCUUCAACCACCAUUUUCCCGUGAUCUCUUUCUCCUCUCAUUUUUGCUCUUUGAUCUUCAACCCUAUCUUCCUUUACACUCUCACCUUUCUCACUUGCCUAUGAUGGGAAGGGGGAAAGAGAAAAAGAAUUUGGUUUUCUACUAUUCUGUUCAUUGGGUGUGUCGCUGGUGGGUGAGACGCUGAUCUCGGCAUUGGAGUGGUGGCUCCAUUAUGUUAUUAGUGGAAGUGGUCGUCAAUGAAUUAUUCACUUUGCUGCUGCUGCUGCCUUGUUGCUACUGAAAUGUGCUUGAUCUUAAUUGCUCCUUCGAUUCUCAUCUUUGCGUUUAUCUGAUUGGUGCGUGUAUUAUUAUCUUAUACACUACAGGUGAACUUUACAAACUUUGGUGAACAUAAAAUUGCUGUAUUAUCUUUUGUUUACGUUGUAGUAACUGCAUAAAGAUUAAGUCAACUUACCAUAAAAUGGACUUCACUUGGUAUGUAGACAUCGGAUGGCUUUUAUCAAUGGAUGAGAAUCUUUUUUAUCAAAAAAA